AUGGCCCGAAAUAAUUUGUGCGUCGCCGGAAUUAGCGGUGUAAAAAUGGAUGAGAAGGAUAAUUUCAUGGUAAACUAUGCCAAAAGCGAUCUUUGGUAUAAAGAAGAUAUAAAGGAGGCCCAUUGUCAAGUUUUAUCGCAACAAUAUGACAAUCUUGCGCUGUCAAAUGAUGAAAGUACGACUACAAAGUGUGAAUCAACCUGUAACGAUUACUCACUGCCCAGUCUGUCAUCAAUAGAAUCGUUUAUUUCGGGUCAACUAGAAUCUAUGACCAAACCUCCAUCAUUACAACCCUUAAUCCAGCCACCAAAAAUCAUAAAUAGUUUUUGUAAUCGCUCUGUCAACUCCUCGGCUGAGACAACUACACUUGUAACAUCCGUUUCAAUCAAUCAUGAUACUCCCAAUGUUACUGUCACGGAUGAUUAUACCAAUACAUCGCUGAAAAAAACGGCCAGCGCUUGUACGGAAGAUCCUUGUGACUUUGGCAAUAGAGUUAAAUUAUUGGGGGCCCUCGAUGUUAUAGUGUCUAUUUGCCAGCCUUGGGGCUCGCAGCCACAUAGCACGGACUAUUUGUACCAUUUUAAUCAAAUAAGCACUACAUCUGAACGCAUCUUGUUGGAAAAGUAUCACCAUAUAUUGAGUCCAGUCAUGGAUAUCGAAAAUUUACCAGAUGGGCGAUCUAGUCCCUUUUAUGAUCGUGUGAGUGACGGUGAUUUCUUCAAGAUUAUCUAUCAACUUCAUUGUUUGCGCCACUAUAAGCCCUUCAAACACUCAGAAUUUACGGAAAUUCUUAGUGACACUGUAAGUAAACUUGAAAAUAACCGUACAGAUACGGCAGAGACUCGGUUGGAAGAUAUUGAUGGCGAAUGUCUCUGUUUCGAUGGUGAACGCGAUGAUUACAUCAUUUCCUCAGUAGUAGCCGUUGAAAUGGAUUACAUAUCGAAUGAUAAGAGUGGAGAUGAGAUUGUCAAUGUGGACCUAGUCAAGGAGGAAGUUGAUUUUAAACCUAAAGCUGAAAAGGCUUAUCGCCAAAACUACAGGAGAUGUUAUCUUGAUGAGGUGGAGACGCUGGAGCAUAGGACUAGGAAUUCCACCAGAAUUGACUACAAGGAUAUGCUCAAUAAUUCCAGUGGUGGUUAUUUCCUCAAGCGCAAACACAAGAGUGAAGCAGAGGAAAUCAAGCGAGCUCCUGAUCGUAGAACGCUAAAAAGCAAAUCCACAAACUAUGAGGAUUCUAGUGUAGUUGUGAAGAAGAACAAGGUGUCACCAAAGCCUCCUGCGCCAAAGCAAGAUACAUGGUGGCUCGGUUCGUCUAGCCGCAACCUACAUGUGGUUUCGGCUAGUGUCUCUUAUGAUAAGAAACAGCAGCGUUUCAUGGCACAAUGGAAGACAAAGGAGGGCACCAAACACUCUAAAAGUUUUUAUGCGAAAAGAUAUAAAACGCCUACUCAAGCCAAACAUCAUGCUGAGUUGUAUAAGCAAUAUAUAUUACACCUGAGGAAUCGCUGCAAGGGUGCAGGUAUACCUAACACAAUCCCUGAGCCAACAUUUGAGCAGCUAAUGAUGGGAAAAUUAGUGGAUGGAUUCGUUCCAGACAUGGUACAUUUGACUAAAUGCGAAGAUGAUUUAGCCACAGUUUCUACUUGUUCCGAUGAGGCUGAAGAUACCAUCCUGAUUGAUCCGUCCGCAUAG